AUGGCUGUGUCUCCCGUCAUGAAAGAUGCUGAACCCUUGCUGCUUAAUGUGGGAGAGGACCAAUAUAAUCUCGAAGAAUUUCCAGAAGAAAGCGUCGCUCUCGGAGACUCAGACUACCUAGAAGAUCAAAUCGAAUGGUCGGAGUCUUUCAAAUGGGGUGUUGUGGGUUUAUUAUCUUUUAUGGGCUUUACUGUCUCUUUCACUUGCAUCUCAAUAGCCCCAGUGGCAAGCUAUAUAGUCGAUGACCUUGAUGGCAGUGGUGGGACCAACUCUGCCGUACUCAUGGUCACAAUUUGGGAGCUAGGAGAAGCAGUUGGCCCACUAUUCAUUGCGCCGCUCUCAGAGGUCUUUGGUCGUUACCCCUUGAUCAUCACAUUGAAUAUGGUCUUCUUUCUGGCCACCAUAUUUGCAGCGGUUUCGCCCAGUUCGACGCUCCUCAUUGCCUCGCGUGCCUUGAUGGGCAUGUCGACGGCAUCAAACGUUUUAAGUCCAGCAAUUAUAGGAGACAUUUUCGAACCGGACCAGAGAGGCACGGCCAUCAGUCUGAUCACAUUUAUACCCCUUAUCGGCAGUGGUGUUGGAUCAGCACUUAGCGGCAUAAUUAUGGAGAAGCUAGGCUGGCGCGCCUUAAUCUGGAUUAGUGUCGCGCUGACGAGCAUUUCACAGCUCUUGCUCUUCACCUAUUUCCGAGAAACAUACAAGGUGUCGAUUCUCCAACGCAGGGCUGCCAGAUUGGGGCUGGAGAAAAGGAGAACCCACAGGGUAGGCUUAGCUGAAUUGCGAGGGUGCGUCAUGCGUCCAGCCAUGGUUCUCUUAAGCUCUGGUGUCCUAGCAGCCCUCGCACUGUUCGGAUCCAUUAUUUUCGCACACCUCUAUGUCGUAGCCACCACGCUUCCAGCUAUAUUAAAAAACACGUAUAAACUGUCAGCAACUGCAACAGGAUUGUCAUUUCUCGCAAAUGGUCUCGGCAGUCUCAUGAGCUUCGCGGUUCUGACUCCAUUUCUUGAUAAAAUUUAUAUGAAGCUCCGCGCAGGAAAUAGGGUCGGUCUGCCGGAGCAUCGGCUGCCGUUGAGCAUCAUUGGCGCUCUCACAUUGCCCCCUGCCGUGGUGCUGUAUGGCUGGUGCGCCGAGUACAGACUCCCUUUGCCCCUUCUUCUGUUCUCCAUCACCUGGAUCCGUUUGUCUAUGAUGUUAGCCUUCUCGCCUUUGGCGACAUACAUGGUCGAUGCCUUUGGCGUUUACUCAGCAUCCGCUCUGGCUGGCCUGGUGACAUUCAGAUGCUUGGCCGGCGCGUUCAUGCCACUCGCGAUAACGCAAAUUACUGGGCAGAUUGGUUAUGGUCGAGGAUUCACUGUGCUUGGAGUCUUUGACAUAGGACUGGCUCUGAUACCAGUGCUAGUUCUACGUUAUGGGUCUCGUUGGAGGUUACGCUCUAUGUACACUAGAACUGACUGA